ACUGGAAACAUCACGACCACAACCCACCUCUUUCUUCGAAACUUUCGACUUCUAAAGUCAUCCACCUCUGUCUUGCCUUUUAACAUUUUAAAUUAAUGUUUCAGUCUGAUUGCUUCUUCUUCAAGCCUGAUUCAUCUUCUACAAAUGCAGAACUCUUCUUCACAAGUUGAUCAGAUCUUUCUUUCUCCAUAAAAUGGCCAGAACAUCCGUCAAAUACUAUGUGGUUGACGCGUUUACUGAGUCGGCUUUCAAGGGAAACCCCGCCGCGGUUUGUUUGUUGGAGGAAGACAGAGAUGAACAGUGGUUGCAAGCUGUGGCUGCUGAGUUUAAUCUUUCUGAGACUUGUUACUUGACUCGGAUCAGUGACUCCUCCACCCAUACUCCCCGGUUUCGUCUUAGAUGGUUCACUCCUGUUUCUGAGUUAAAAACAUUUUGGCAGGUUAAGCUUUGUGGUCAUGCAACAUUAGCAUCUGCAUAUACUCUUUUCACAACUGGGUUAGUAAAUUCAAACAUAAUUGAAUUUGAUACACUAUCCGGAAUUCUUACCGCUAAAAAGGGUCCAGCUGUCAAGGCGCCAACUGAUGUCCCCCAGAUUCAGUAUGGUGAAGAGCAUCAACAUUGCUUUUCAGUUGAGUUAGAUUUUCCUACAGUUCCCAGCACUGAAUUCAAUUCUACAGAGGUUUCAGCGAUUUCCAAAGCAUUGAAUGGUGCUGCUAUUAUUGACAUUAAGAGGACAACUCCAUUUGAUGACCUUCUCGUUGUGCUCUCAUCCGCCAAAUCCGUUAUAGAACUACAACCACAGAUUGAUGACAUACGUAGAUGUACUGGAGAAGGCAUAAUUGUUUCAGGGGCUGCUCCUCCAGAGUCUGGAUUUGAUUUUGCUAGUCGAUGCUUCUUUCCAAAAUAUGGCAUAAAUGAGGAUCCAGUUACUGGGAGUGCACAUUGCGCCCUGGCACCCUAUUGGAGCCAAAAGCUGGGAAAAUGUGAUUUCAUUGCAUAUCAGGCAUCAGCUAGAAGUGGGAUACUGAGCCUUCAUUUAGAUGAGAAUAAUCAGAGAGUGCUUCUGCGGGGAAAAGCUGUCACUGUGAUGGAAGGCACUCUUAUGGUUUAGAAUUCGGAGUUAAUUUCUGUCAUACAUGUAUCAUUUGAACUGAAAUAAAAGCGCUCAUUAGCAAAAACUUUAUGCAGUGCCUAUGCAGCUGGGAUUUAUAAUUGUACUUUAAUAUGUUUAGCACCUGUUAUCUGUGCCGUGUUGUAUUGUUGUUUUGAAUUAUAUGACGAACUUUAAAUGUUGUGGAUUAUGUUCGAUUGCCUUGUC